GACAGAUAGUGGGAAAUUCAUUCAAAUGAAAAAUUGAAAUUAAUUUAAAAAUAGAGAAAAUCCUAUUCAACUUCAACGUUGUGCCCAAAGUGUGAACAGAGAAUCAAUCAACAAAUCAACAACCAACAACACCACCACCACCACAGAGAGACUCGGAGAAGGAGGAGGAGCAAUCAACUAUGUCGCAGGGCAGUGGAAGCGCAGGAGGUGCUGGUGCUGGUGGUGAUGGCGGCGGGCACGACUUUCAGCUACCGGACGAGAUCUUAUCGGUGAUACCGAGCGAUCCAUACGAUCAGCUGGAUCUGGCGCGAAAGAUCACGUCCAUGGCCAUAGCCUCUAGGGUUUCCAAGCUCGAGUCGGAGAUGGGGAAAAUGAGGCAGAAACUCCAGGACAAAGAUAGGCUUGUAUUUGAGCUUGAGGAAAGGCUCUCGCGCCUCCAACAUGCAAACCACGAGGCUGACUCCCGCUUGAGAAUUGCCCUGGAUGAGAAUGUGAAGCUUUCCAAAGAACGAGAUUCACUGGCAGUGACUGCGAAAAAGCUCAACCGUGACUUGGCAAAGUUGGAGACAUUUAAGAGACAACUAAUGCAGUCUCUAAAUGAUGAUAAUGCAUCUCCAACUGAAACUGUUGAUAUUGGCACCUGUGACCAAUCAGUUCCAAAGGCAUAUCCUGAUAAGGAUGAGGAGACAAAUGGCUACACACUACAAUAUUCCUCAAGUGGUUCCACAGAUAAGGGGAAUACAACUGAUGAAGCCUUGAAGACUUCCGGGCAAAGAUUUUCUGUGACUCCAUAUAUCACACCGCGGCUUACUCCAACUGGAACUCCAAAGAUUAUUUCCACAAGUGGGUCACCUAGAGGAUAUUCUGCUGUUUCAUCUCCUCUGCAAUCCUCUGGUGCCACAUCUCCCACAAGACCCCACUAUGAAGGACGGACGUCAAUGUCUUCAUGGUACUCAUCAAGCCAGCAGUCAUCAGCAGCAAACUCUCCACCUCGGGGACGUCCACUUCCAGGACGCACUCCUCGAAUUGAUGGAAAGGAGUUCUUUCGUCAAGCCAGGAGUCGCCUGUCAUAUGAGCAGUUCAGUGCAUUUCUGGCUAACAUCAAGGAACUAAAUGCUCAUAAGCAAACCCGAGAGGAAACUCUAAGGAAAGCGGAAGAGAUAUUUGGGACUGAUAACAAAGAUCUUUAUUUAUCAUUCCAAGGAUUGCUCAACCGCAACAUACACUAGCAUUCAAAGCUUAGUUGCUGGGUACUUAUAAUAAUCGGUUGUGCAAAAGUUGUUCGCAGAUCCUCUCUGUGUGUGUUAGGCUGUGGAUUGAGCUUGUUCUCGGCUGCUUUGGUCCUUUGGAUGGAAGGUCCAUGGCUCGUUCUCUGUGGCAUAUAAUUUUUUGAGAUGUAAUCAACAUCAAGUUGAGUUUCAGCAAACUAGAGUAGGGUUUUGUAGGUUUCACAAUGUCAUAGAAUGCAGGUAUGCUGUGUAAAUAAUUGCUUUAUUUUUCAGUCUACCUGCCUGAUUGUUUAAGAUAGAACUAAAUUGACCUGACCUUUCAAAUGAACCUUGGGAGUUAUCCUCAAUUCAUCUC